UUCGUCAAAUUCAUAUGAUGUCAAACAGAAGUCAAAAAUAAUGUGCAUUGGUGUUGGUGGUCAUUUAUUGUAAAUAAGACCUAUGCACCAAAAAAAACUACGUUUGGUUUGAAUUUUUCUUAACAUCUGUUGUUUAAAGUUCAAGAAAAACACAGGAAAUAUUGGGUCCCAGCAGCAAAAGGUCCCAACAUGCUGUCUGAUGAAUCAAGCAGUGAUUCAGAGACUGGUAGAUUUAAAACUCAUGAUAAGAGUAAAGAAGAAAGGUCAAAUAACAAUGGUCAAAAAAGAGAUAUAGCAUUUGGUAGGACCUCAGAGAGAAGUAGGAGGUAUGAUGACAAAUUCAAAGACAUAGACAGGAGACCAGGAAAUAGAGAAAAAUAUGACAGUCGCCCUAGAGAUGGGCAUAGGUAUUCAAGAUACUCACCAAUAAGGAGAAGACAUUCUCAGGACAGAAGUAGAAGUAGACGGUCACCUGAUAGAAGAGACAGACAUGAGAAGGAUUCUAGAAGAAGAUCCAAACCACGAGAUUUUAGGAGUAAUAGUGCUGAUAAAAAUCGAAGUAGUAGAGAUAAUUAUAGACGUUCUAGAUCAAGGUCGAAUAAAUCCCCAAUUAAAGGAAGAAGUGGAAGAGAAGAAUUGAAAGCGGAAAUUUCAGCGAAAGAAAGUAGUUCAGAAAAAUCUGAGAAAAAAAGCAAGAAGGAAAAAUCAUCAACACCCGAGACUGUCAGUCAGAAAUCAGCAGUACACAAACCAACAGAAUCUGAAACACAGAAAAAAAUGAGUAACAGUCCCAUUUUAAUUGAUGAACAAGCCAGUGAUGGUUCUGAGAUCGUUCAACCAGGAUCCUAUUAUAGCUUGAUACCAGCCAUAAUAAAAGAAAAAUCAGAAGAAUCGAGUGAAAUCGAUUCUUCCGAUGACGAAAAGCUUAGAGCUAAGUUGCUAAAUUUAGAAAAGCAGUUGCAAAAGACCAAAAAGAAAAAACAUAAGAAGAAACAUAAAAGAAGGAGUUUGAAAUCUGAUAAAGAGAAAAAUGAUUUAUCAGCGUCUGUUGAAGUGAGUAGUACCACUGACAUUCAAGAGGUUAAACCCAAAGAACUCACACCGGUUGUAGAUAUAGCAGAAGUGACGUCCACUCAAAAGAACAAUCAGAAAGAGAGUAGCGAAGAAGGUGAAAUUAUGAGUGACGACUCUCAGGGGGAGAUCGAUAUAGAGCCCACUGAUUUACGUCAUAAAUUGAAACGCUCAAAACUAGACAAUAGCAGGACACAAAACCUUGAUGUUUGUGGUCCUGCCCUACCACCGCACCUGGAGAAGAACUCCCGAAACAGUGAGUCUCCGACAAAAGAAGGACCAUCGCUACCACCGCAUCUACAAAAAAGAAAUCGUAAUAUUGGUCCAUCCAUACCAGAGGACUUAAGGAAAGUAUUAGCCGAUAAAAGUGAGGAGAUUCAAGUGAUAAAGAGUUCUGAUGACGAGGAUGGUAUAGGACCUCUGCCUGCUGGGGCUGAGAUUAAAUGGUCGGAAGCUCACCAGCGUCUCGAGGAAAGGGCCAUUGAAAUGAAAAUAAAAUCUCUUGAUGGUCACUCCUUACAGAACACGGAUAUCAAAACUCGAGAGCAGUGGAUGCUAGAACUUCCAGAAGGAAAAGCUAAAAUUCUAGGCCUGGAAGCUCGAAGUUUCAGAGCUAAAGAGGGACCAGACAUGUCUGAUAGGUCGAGUUGGACAGACACUCCAGAAGAUAAAGCAAAAAAAGCAUUAGGGAUUGUUAAAGAAGAUUCAAGCGAGACUCUUCAAAAGGAAGCUAAAUCGCGCUGUAUCUCAAACAGGGACGAGGAACAAGAAAAAGCUGUUAAGAAACACAAAAAGAAGCAUAAAAGAGAAGAAAGCUUACUUGACAUUCAUCAAAAGAAACUCAAGAAGAAAAAGAAGAAGGAUGAAAAGGACGAUGAAAAGAAAGAACGCCGGCCAUUCAGCCGUGACCUCGACCUGCAAAUGAACAGGUUCGACGAAGCACAGAAGAAGUCCAUCAUCAAGAAAGCACAAGACCUUAACAACAGAUUCUCAAGCGGUGAAGCAAAGUUCUUGUAACAACUGCAUAUCUUUAGUGAAAUGUGUACCAACUUGACAAGCGUACUUCGUGUUCAAUGCGUACUUCGUCUUUAAGUGAACUUUAUACUUUGCCAAAAGGAAGAAAAAACUAAAACAUAUGGCAGGUAGUCACAAAUUAUACACGAAUAAGUAUGAAAUAAAUCAUACAUUAAACAGCAACUGUUCUUAAAUCGAUAUUAUAAUUUUAUUUUACUAACUAAAAGGUAAUUUAAUUUCAAAUAUGGAAUAUCAUGUUUUAAAAUGUAUUCCAAACAAACAGUUUAAGUUUAUAGAAUAAAUGUCAGUUACAACCUCAUUGGUCUGCUGGCUGUUUUUUCAAAUAUCGACAAUAGUUUUCAUUACUAAGCAAUUAAAUAGACAAAUACUUUUAAUGAAUAAAUUAUAUACUCAAUAUAUCGGUGUUUAAACUGAGAAUGCAAUGUAAAAUCUAUCUUCACAGUCUGUUUGGAAUUUUUAUAAUCAAUAAUAAUUGCAUUAUCGAAGUGUCUUAAAGAAUUCAACGGAACACUAGAAUGUAAUAUUAUGCUUUAUAUUUUUUUACUUACGGCGAAAUGUACAAAUUUAAAUACACGUAUGUAUCAGCUGUCGUACAGAAGUUGUAAAUAAAUACAUGAUUUACUUCA